AUGAAGGCCUUCCUCGUCCUCGCGUUCGCCACGACCCGUCUCCUCGUCCUCACGCACGCAGCCGCGAGUUGCUCCGACUGCAGCGGCGAGCCGUGUAUACUUGACGGCACGUCGACGUCGGUAACCGGUGGCGCGACGUCGCUCGUCGUACAAAUGUGCAACUCCGACCGCACAACAAUCGAGUCGGGGGCUAUAGCAGUCGCCUUGCGCUUGGGGCUGUCCGCGCGUGCGAGCUGCGACACGAGCGAUGCGACACUUCCGACCGUCGCGUCGCUCGUUGCAGCCGACGGUUGUACGCCGGUCAAUUGCGCCGUCACGAUUCACUUUGCGUCGGCUCUGGACUGGGCAACUGCACGACCGAAAGCCGACGGCCAGCGGAACACGUUGACCGCGCAGGUCCUCACGGGCCGCAACACGGACGUCGUGACGAUCGCAACGCUCGACCCACUGGCGCCAGCAGUCGUCAAUGGCGGCGCCACAGAGGUCUCCGUGUGCGCGCGGGCGCUGGACGUCAGUGGCUCGAGGUUCUCGCGCGUUGGCGAGUGCAACGUCGUCCAGAUGUGCCGAGGGACGACGACGACGACGACGGCGACGACGGGCAGUUUGGGUUGUGCGACCGAGUGGAGACACACGGACGCCCGGGUGCACGACGUCCAGUGCACGGGCGAAGCGUGUACGGGCACAGUCAAGUGGACUCGGCCCUUACCGUGUGACGGUAGCGUCGGCGAGGCGACGUCGCUGCUCCUCAGUGUGACUGUCGCCAGUCCGAGCUCCGAGUCGUCGCCUCUGGCAAGUGUUGGCAACAUGAUUGCGCCGACGUUCAACAUCUCUAGCGUCAGUGGCCUGGACGCUGGGAGCGCUGACGUGGUGCUAACGACCGACACGUUUUGUGCCGACACGGGCCGCUCGCUCAUUGCGUCAGUUGCAACUGCCAGUGACGACGACUCGGAGGACGCAGAGAUUGGUGUACGCAGUGUGAAUGCAACGACAAAUGGCACGGUGCUUGUCCAACUGACGGCGCCGUUGAGCAGCACCUUUGUGAACGACAAUGUGGAGCUCUCGCUCUCGCAGUGCGGCGUGUCGACGUUGGGGUCGUUUCCGGUUGGAAAAAGUGUGGUCAACUUUGCUGCCGUGUCGACCGGAUCGAUGGCCGAUGUCAGCGAAAGUGGCGCAGCAGGAACACGUUCGACUGGCCUUGUCUCGACGCAGGAGAUGAACGCCUCGGCUGGCCUUUCCAAUAGCAUCAUUGUCGCUGCCGUGAUCGGUGCCGUGGCCAUCGCAGGCUUUGUAUUCGAGUAUAUCUAUCACAAGAGACGGCAACCGACGGCGUUGGUACAGGAGUCAGCGGUCGCAACGCCCGAGUGA